AGGCCGGGAGCAUGGAGAGAGCCAGUUAACCCUUACUAUGUCAACACUGGGUAUGCGGUGGCGCCAGCCACCAGUGCUAACGACAGCGAGCAACAGAGUAUGUCGAGUGACGCAGAUACCAUGUCCCUGACGGACAGCAGUGUAGAUGGAGUUCCACCAUAUAGAUUACGAAAGCACCAUCGCAGGGAAAUGCAAGAAAGUGCCAAAGCAAACGGACGUGUGCCACUACCUCACAUUCCACGUACAUAUCACAUGCCAAAGGAUAUUCAUGUUGAUCCUGAAAAAUUUGCUGCUGAGCUAAUAAGUCGCUUGGAGGGAGUUCUGAGAGACCGUGAAGCGGAACAGAAGUUGGAGGAGCGGCUGAAACGAGUGAGAGCUGAAGAAGAAGGUGAUGAUGCCGAUGUCUCAUCUGCACCUUCCAUGGUUAGCCACAAGUUGCCUUCAAGCCAGCCCAUGCAUCAAUUUGGUUCACGUUAUGCUGACAUGGGUUGUGUCGGGAUGCCAAUCAGAGACGCCCACGAAGAAAAUCCAGAGUCCAUCCUUGAUGAACACGUGCAGCGCGUCAUGAAAACCCCAGGCUGCCAGUCUCCAGGCCCUGGGCGCCAUUCCCCGAAACCACGCUCUCCGGCCAUGGGAACAAUGCAGUCUGGUCACGGAAAGCAUUCGGGCAAGAGCAACUCAAAACUUGAGGCAUCCAACCUUUACCACCACAAGCAUGUUUAUCACCAUGUUCACCACCAUAGUGGUGUGAAACCUAAAGAACAAAUUGAGGCUGAGGCCACACAAAGAGUGCAGAGCAACUUCCCAUGGAAUGCAGACCCACAUAACUAUGCAACCAAGUCUCGAAAUUAUGCAGAGAGUAUGGGAAUGGCCCCUAAUCCUAUGGAUUCUCUGGGCUACAGCGGAAAAGUAAGUAUGCUUGCCAAAAGGAACGCUAAGAAAGUGGAUUCCGGGAAGCUUGAAAGUGCCAGCUAUGAAAUGCCAGUUGUGCCAGAAGACGCGGAGAGAAACCAGAAAAUCAUGCAAUGGAUAAUGGAAGGAGAGAAGGAGAUAAGCAGACAUAAAAAAUCCGUCCAUAGUUCGUCAGGUGCCAAGAAGCAACCUGGCCAUGAUGUGCCUAGACCACUUUCUAUCGAGCGGCCGGGUGCCGUUCACCCGUGGGUCACUGCCCAACUACGUAACGUGGUUCAGCCCUCCCACCCGUUCGUGCAAGAUCCCACCAUGCCACCCAACCCUGCCCCCAAUCCGCUGACACAGCUGGAGGAAGCACGCAGGAGGCUGGAAGAGGAGGAAAGAAAAGCAGGAAAAAUGCAAGUGAAGCAAAGGUAUGUUCAAGAGGUUAUCCAGCGGGGGCGCUCUUCUGUCAGGCCACCUUAUAUUCCACUGAUGAAUGUGGUGCCAGCUGUCUCCGACAUGGACCUCUCAGAGCCACAGUUAAAACCUCAAAAGAAAGGAGGAAGUGGAACCUCUCAGCCCUGCGACAACAUUGUGGUGGCGUACUACUUCUGUGGAGAACCUAUUCCCUACAGGACCAUGGUGAAGGGCCGUGUAGUGACCCUGGGACAAUUCAAGGAGCUGCUUACGAAGAAAGGAAAUUACAGGUAUUACUUUAAGAAAGUAAGUGACGAAUUUGAUUGCGGAGUGGUUUUUGAAGAGGUGAGAGACGAGGACACUAUUCUGCCCAUCUACGAAGAGAAAAUUAUCGGCAAGGUGGAAAAGAUCGACUAG